AAAAACACUAAAAAAGGCUGCUACAAUCUCUGACCCAAUCUCUUAUCUCCCAAACCCAAAAGGUCAAAAGCUUCCUUCUCUUCAUCUGCCUAUUAACCUCACUUGUAAUUCACUCCAAACCAUAUUUAUUUACUCCUCACAACCACAAACAGAUGUUUGCUUUCUUUUCCUACUUAAAAGUUACAACAGCAGUUUCCUUAUUUAUUUUCAACCAAAAUGCUACCUUUGCCUAACAACAGCUCUGGUUUUCCAAUAUUCUGAAAAACAAUAACAAAAGAACUGGUUUUUAUUACAAAGGAGAGAUCUUGGAGCUGAAAAAAGAAAACCCAUUUUUUUUAAUCAUGGGAAGCAAAUGGAGGAAAGCAAAGUUGGCUCUUGGCUUGAACAUGUGUUUAUAUGUACCUCACCAAAAGCUUGAAGAUUCACCACCAUCAUCAUCAGCAUCAUCAACAUCCCUUCUGCAUCAUCAUGAUGCUGCUACUGUUCCCUCAAGGUUUUCUUCAGAUGCUGUUCCUCUGUCUCCUGUUUCUCCUUCAGGCAACGAGUGCCACCCCAAGACUCCGACCCCUUCCUCUUCCGGGCUCCAGUUGUCCAAAUCCAGUCCAAAAUCUUCCAAGAAAACCUGUUCAAUAUGCCUGACAGCAAUGAAACCGGGUCAAGGCCAUGCCAUUUUCACAGCAGAAUGCUCCCAUUCUUUCCACUUUCACUGUAUAACUUCUAAUGUAAAACAUGGAAAUCAGAUUUGUCCAGUUUGCAGAGCAAAAUGGAGGGAAAUCCCCUUUCAGAGCCCUGCUUCUAAUCUUCCCAAUGGAAGGUCUAGAAUCAAUCCAGCAGAUUGGCCCCGGGAUGAUGCCUGGAUGACUGUUGUACGACGGCUACCUUCCCCUCGUUUUGAUUCAACUAGGCAGAUUUCUUCACUAUUUCAUGCCUCUGAGCCAGGAACCUUUGAUGAUGAUGAAGUCCUAGAUCAGCAGAAUGAGACUACUGAAGAAAAUAUCUUUAACAAGGAUGCUACUAAGAAUAAUUCUAUUGGAGCAAUAGAAGUUAAAACAUAUCCUGAAGUUUCAGCUAUUCCAAGAGCAACCUGUCAUAAUAAUUUUGCCAUAUUAAUCCAUCUCAAGGCUCCCCAUACAAGUGGAGGGAUAAAUAGCGGAAAUCAAACUAUAAUUUCCCCCACAAGUCAAAAUUCUCGUGCCUCCGUUGACCUUGUCACUGUUCUUGAUGUUAGUGGCAGCAUGGCAGGUACCAAGCUUGCAUUGCUAAAAAGAGCUAUGGGGUUUGUGAUACAGCAUCUUGGGCCCUCCGACCGGCUUUGUGUUAUAGCAUUCUCUUCCACAGCUCGUCGCCUCUUUCCUCUUCGCCAGAUGACUGAGACUGGACGGCAGGAAGUGUUGCAGGCUGUUAACUCUCUUACUUCAAAUGGUGGGACAAAUAUUGCUGAAGGGCUUAGGAAGGGUGCCAAGGUGAUAGUAGAUCGAAAGUGGAAGAACCCGGUCGGAAGCAUCAUACUGUUAUCAGAUGGGCAGGAUACUUAUACCGUGACAAGUCCUAGCGGAGCUCAUUCCCGGACAGAUUAUAAAUCACUUCUUCCUAUCUCAAGUCAGCGUGAUGGUGGUGCAGGUCUCCAUAUCCCUGUGCACGCCUUUGGGUUUGGUGCAGAUCAUGAUGCUGCUUCAAUGCAUUCAAUUUCUGAAAUAUCUGGGGGUACAUUUUCUUUCAUAGAAGCUGAGGGUGUGAUCCAAGAUGCUUUUGCCCAAUGCAUUGGAGGGCUUUUAAGUGUGGUAGUGCAGGAGGCAUGUGUUAAAGUUGAGUGUGCUGACCCAAAUUUGCUAAUUAAUUCAAUAAAGGCAGGGAGUUAUCGAACCAGCAUGACAGCUGAUGCAAAAGCAGGUUCUAUUGAUGUAGGAGACUUGUAUGCCGAAGAAGAAAGAGAUUUCUUGGUGACAGUCAAUGUUCCAGUUGGUGAAUCCAGUGAUGAGAUGUCAUUGCUGAAAGUUAGAUGUAUGUACAGAGACCCCAUAUCAAAAGAAAUGAUGUCCUCGGAAGAAGCCAAUGAAGUAAAGAUCCAAAGGCCAACAAUAAUGGGACAGCCAGUUGUGUCAAUGGAAGUAGACAGGCAGCGAAACAGGCUCCGUGCUGCUGAGGCUAUGGCUGAGGCUAGAGCUGCUGCUGAACAUGGUGAUCUAACUGGUGCUGUCUCUCUUCUUGAGAGUUGUCGCAGGGCUUUAUCAGAAACCAUCUGUGCACAGGCUGGUGACAGGUUAUGCGUAGCACUAUGUGCUGAGCUAAAAGAGAUGCAAGAAAGAAUGGCAAACCGUCGUGUGUACGAGUCAUCUGGAAGGGCUUAUGUGUUGUCAGGUUUGAGCUCACAUUCCUGGCAGAGAGCAACUGCACGAGGUGAUUCCACCGAUAGUACAAGCCUUGUUCAGGCUUACCAGACCCCAACCAUGACAGAAAUGGUGACCCGAUCUCAGACCAUGCUCUUUGGGAACCCUCCACAACGAAAGCUUCAACAAGCUCAUUCAUUUCCAGCUCGUCCACAGCCAAGGGUACAAAAUGGAGUAAUAGAAACAGGGCUCGGUGAUUUUUACGUGGUGGGUAUAUUUUCUUGCUUUGAUAUGUAAAUUAAUAAAAAUUGGAGACAAUUCAAAUGACUGGCUUGAGAGGGAGAUAAAUGGAGAUGAGAAAAAGGGAGAAUCUGGGAAUUAGGUGCUACAUAUUUUGAUAAUGGAGCAUUGUAUAUAGGGAGCAAUGGUCCUUUUUGUUUUUGUUCUGGAAAAAGGUAUAGCCAUGUAACGGUGGGAUACUUGAAUUCUUCACUUAAAUAUAUGAUAUGGUAUAUCUGCUUUUGAUUC